AUGGCCGCAGCCGCUACCGAGCGCUUCAUACACCUGGCGCGUCCUUUGACGCACGCCAACGCUGGACUUCAGUCGAGCAUUGCCCCGCUUGUCGUCAACAUCCAGCCUCAGGCUAUCCUCUCGGUCCUGGACCACGCCGUCCGACGGGACAACCGCGACAAUGCCCAGUCGACCCGUGUGAUCGGUGCCCUCGUCGGCACCCGCUCCGAAGAUGGCACCGAAGUCGAAGUGCGCUCCUGCUUCGCCAUUCCCCACACCGAAGAGGAGGACCAGGUCGAGGUCGAUGUUGAAUACCAGAAGAACAUGCUCGCCCUGACGCUCAAGGCCUCUCCCCGCGAGGCGCUCCUCGGCUGGUACACCACAUCCCCCGAGCUCAACAGCUUCAGCGCCUUGAUCCAGAACUUCUUCGCCAGCGCCGAGACAGGCACGGCCCCUCACCCGGCCGUCCACAUGACCAUCUCCACCGAGCCCGGCGAGGACAUCCAGACCAGAUGCUACAUCAGCGCCCCCGUGGCCGUCAACGCCGAGCGCGCCGCCGAAAGCUGCCUCUUCAUCCAGGUCCCCCACAAGAUUCUCUACGGCGACUCUGAGCGUGUCGCCCUCGAGGCCGUCGCCAGCGCACAAAACAACGAGAACAGGACCGCACCUCUGGCCUCAGAUAUCGAGGGUCUCGGGCGGUCCAUCGAGCAGACCUUGAACCUGCUGGACCGCGUGAGCGAGUGGAUCAACGGUGUGCUGGACGAGGAGGAGGAGCCCAACACCGCCCUGGGCCAGUACUUGAUGAGCGCCCUGUCUCUGACCCCCAAGGUGGACGCCUCCCAGAUUGAGCAUGACUUCAACAACCACAUCCAGGACGUUCUCAUGGUCAGCUACCUGGCCAAUACUAUCCGCACACAGAUCGAUCUCUCGCAGCGACUGGCAACCGCCAACCUGGUUAGUAGCGACAAGGACGGCGAGGGCAAGGGUGACGGCGACAAGGGCGGUCAGCGUGGAAACAAGCGAGGUGGCCGUGGCGGUGCUAGGAGUGGUGGCCAGCAGCGUGAGCCGAGGGAGCCCAGAGAACCCCGUGAGCCGAGGGAACCUACGGAAUAA